UGUCACGUGUGUGGUGGGCGCAGCGAGCAGCGGUAACGGCCCGGCCGGCUCAUGGCGCUACACAGCCGCGACCUCCAGCACCACCACCCCCACCACCACCACCACCACCCUCGGCAGCAGCAGCUGGAGCUGGAAUUCUGCGGGGACACGUCCUCCAGGUCGGAGGAGCUGGCCAGCGCCGCGGCCGAGGACGACGAAGAGGAAGAGGCCGCAGCGGGGCACGUGCUGGCGCCCGCCGCCGCCGCCGCCCCCGCAGCUUCCGCCGCCGCCCCCACGGCGGCCCACCCCCGCCGCUGCCUGCUGUGGGCCUGCAAGGCGUGCAAGCGGCGCGCCGCCUCCGUCGACCGCCGCAAGGCCGCCACGCUGCGGGAGCGCAGGCGCCUGCGCAAGGUGAACGAGGCGUUCGAGCUGCUGAAGAGGCGGACGUGCGGCAACGCGGGCCAGCGCCUGCCCAAGGUGGAGAUCCUGCGCAACGCCAUUGAGUACAUCGAGUCCCUGGAGCAGCUGCUCAGCCUGGGCGGCUGUCCGCUGCCGCCGUCGCAGCGCACGAGGCCUCCCUCGCCAUCGUCUUCAGCGCACGCGCAGCUGGCAGCUCGCUUCAGCCAGGCCCUGCCCCGGUUCAGCCCGGACAACUGCGCAGCGGACUCUGUGCACGCACACGGUGUGGAGGAUGCAGCCGCCUCCAGUCUGGAUCGCCUCAGCCUCAUAGUGCAGAGCAUCACUCCAGAGCAGUCCAGGCCAUAGCCCAAAGACGUGGACAUCUCCAGCCUGGAGAACAUCAACCUCAUAAUGUAGAGCAUCACUCCGGAGCAGCCCAGGCCAUAGGUAAAAGAUGCAAUCAUCUCCUGUCUGGACCAUCUCAGCCUAAUAACGCAGAGCAUAACUCCAGGGCAGUCCAGUCCAUAGCCCAAAGGCAUAGCCACCUACCAUCUGGACCACCUCUGCUUUGUAGUGUAAAGCAUCAGUCCGGAAUGGUACAGGACAUUGCACAAAGACGCAGUCGCCUCCUGUCUGGACCACUUCGGCACAACUACAGAACAAACCAAAGAUGAAGCUGGCUACGACUCGGACUACCUCAAAUUCGUAGAAGUGACUAUGACACCAGCACUGUUCAGGCGAUACCGCAAAGACGCAGCCAUCUUCCGUCUGGACCACCUCAGCGAAAUAGUGCACAACAUCAUUUCGGAGCAGUCUGGCCCGUGACUCGAAGAUGAGCGAACUCCAGCACCAGCAGCUUCAGCCUCAAAGCUUAGAGCAUCACUUGACAGCAGUCAGGGCUGUAGCCCAAAGACUUUGCCCCCUGUAGCACGGAGAAUCUGAGCUUCAUAGCGGAGAUGUUCAUUUCAAAGCGGUAGAGUCUGUAGAUCAUUGCAAAACGCUAGUUCUAUUUGUGAGACUGGACAUAAAUAAUAUGUCUGUUCCAGGCUUUUGCUCGACGAAUGCCCUCUUGGAAGAAUACUAUAGCUGAGGCCAAUGUUUCUAAUGUGGAGUGUAUUGGUGCUCAUCUCACUCUGCGAUCUAGCUCUCUUACAGGAGGAACAGUCAGUGGAAAUACACUCAAUAUAAAAGCGAAAUGAGAUGCCUACAAAACACAGAAAACUACAUAUGUUCAGAUAAGGAAAAACUGGAAUAUUGUUACAUAAUUUACUUUUUGUGUCUGUAUGUAACACAGUUCAAAGAAUAACAACACUCCGUAAUCAGUAACUACAACUUAUUUCGGAAAUUUCACUUUAUCUUAAGGCAAUUGCAGUAGAUUACAGAGCAUGGUUCGUAUGACGCAACGCCGUCCCAUGUUCAACCAUAAUCGAAUUUCCCGUUGGAAAACAUAAAAUAACAGUGACUUUACAAACAAAACCCGUAAUAAACUCUUUCCAGACAUCUGACGACAUCGUGAUGCUGUUUUAUAGACCAGCUUUCCGGUCACUGUGGCAAGUAGGUGGUGUAUUUACUGCUGGCUUCGUGAUAUAUUCAGAUCUUAUGUACUGACGUUUCAUACUGCUCAACAACGUGAUAGGACUCGAAUAUUGAUUGAAUGGCAGGCCGUUUUAUUGCCGAUAGGUUUUAUUUAAGUUUAUUUUGGUUGAUGUCGAAGUAGUACUGUUUUCACUGCGCGUGGUGCCAAGUGAGAGCUGGCCUGACUCAGGCCGCCAUGCUACUGCUGAGUGCAGCGGGGCAGCCUCGCGACUGCUGUUGGGUAUCGAUGGCAACCUAAUCGAUAGGGCACCACAUCUGAUUCGUGCUGGCAGGCAGGUUCACAAUUUAGAAUGCCUCUUGUGUUUUCCUCUUAAAGGUAAUAAGUUUCCGAACAGCCACACGAGGUGCUCUAAGUUGCACGUUUUUGCCGCACUCACUGCACUGUUCUUACAUCACUCAGUUGCUGUGUUGUUCAAACCGUAUGAGCAUCUCAUGUCCCGUCAGACCCGUGCUUAAGAGAUGUGCAAAUAAGAAGGUGAGUCUGUGAUGUGUCCUGUGCACACAGACGGAGGGAGAGAGAAUACUUUGCGUUGCCGCCCGUGUUCUCUCUGUCUCUUUCCCACACCAUACGCUACAAUCAUUGUCAGUCCUGUAACUGACAACGCUGGGAUGCGCACCCUGUGUGUCACCGUUCUUGCCUCAAAAACUUACUCUAAAUAAUAAAGCGCUGCGGCUGUGGCUUGUUUAUAUAAUACAUUUGUUUCCUUUGCAUCACCUACAAUGAACACUAAAAUCUUGGCCAUACCUAAACCACCACGAAAAUCGAUGCACACUCUGCAGCGCUCCAGGCUGGACCGUCCCUUGCUUCUUGCUGUGCAUCGCCUCGCUAUGUGCAGCCCCACUCUUAACAGGUCGUCCCAUCUCACAGAGGUACACAGUUGCGCACUCGCAGCAGUACAUCUGGGACGUGUGCUACUUGUAGAUAGCAUCCUUCGUGGAGGCCCGAGCAUCAUCGAUUUUGAUUGUGCUUCAGUAGGACAAGAAGCUUUUUCCAGAUGUUCUCUGACAUCCUGUAUGUACAGUAAGAGCGAGGUGACCUGUUACACAUUCUGCUCCUCACUUUUGGUUUCAUAUUGUACUGUCACAAUGUUGUGCAUCAAGGCCACUGCUGAAAACAGAUAGCGGUAUCUAUAGUUCUGUCUUCGAGCUUUCUGUUUCACUGAUCCAGUGCGUCCUCUCGAUUAACGAUGAGAGGCCUAAUUCUUUUGCUUAUGGCAAUCGUGAGAGAGGGCAGGGUAUGUAUCGGCGGAGGGAGCUUUCCCCUGCACUGUGUGGCGAGAGGGCCUCCAGGUUUUCCGGAAAUUUCCGAGCGGAAGAAAAGCAGCAGGGCUUCAGGAAAGCAAAAGUGGUUGGAACAUUGGUUGGUGUGACAACACGAUGACGCUGCCACGUACCCAGAAACGUUCUCCUGGAGAUGAUAACUGCUGUAGUAACCAACGGUGGCUAACACAGAGUGACUUUAAAGAACUGCUGUGUAGAUGCCUGUAGUCCUGCACCAUCCGUUGUGCGUGUCACCCGGGCGGGCUAGGUAUCUCGACCUCACGCUUUCCAUUGACCACCACCAAAGGCGGAAAUACGUUUUCGUUCAGCUCCCAGUAGCUAGAUCAGUGGUUCCGAACCUGGGUCUAAUUACCUGAGGGGUGAAAUUUAAUUUUCUAAGGGAUAAAACCGAAGGAUUCGGUUGUGUCUCAGUCAAGAGAUUAAAUAUUUUUAAAAGGUUAUUACUAUUGUCAUUAUUUCAUAAGACUGCAAUAGUGAUUACAUAUUUUGUCAAUAACUAUCUUUUCUUUCGAGUACUAGCCUCAAUUCGUGACACAGCAUAGUGGAAGCUACGAAUGUAUGAACAACGUCUUCCUGACUUGGUCCACCCAGUACACACAUACCAUGUGACAUGCGUAUAUGAUAGAAAAACUAAAAUAUGCUUAAAUAUCUGAUGAAAAUGCCUAUCUGCAUUGUAAAUAGGUCCUGAAACAGGUCAGAAAAUGCUUCAUUAUUCAUUUCGCAACAAUCAAAGAAGUAAUUGACAACUCACACAGCAGUAACCAUGUACCAUACUGUUGUAUGGCCUACGCGGUGUUAUUGUUAUUAGUUGUGAGGCACAAAGCGCUGGCAGUCUGAAGUCUUUAAAUUUCUACCAAUUUAGAAAUAAGGAGUUCAGCUAUGAGGUGACUUAUAAACAAUAGAACAAAAUGUUCACAUGUGUGUGAAUUCCUAAGGGACCAAACUGCUGAGGUCAUCGGUCACUAGGCUAACACACACACACACACACACACACACACAUUCCCGAGAGAGGACUCGAACCUCCGGCGGGAGGGGCCACGCAAUCCGUGUCUUGGCGCUUCAAACCGCGCGGCCAGUCCGCCCCGUAAACAAUAUACAAAAGUAUACUUCACACUACGUCAUGUGGUUGAUUUUAAAUGGGUAUGUAGAGUUUGUCUGAAGGAAGCGUCGGUAGGGAGAAGCCUGGUGCACACCAAGCAUGUUUAGUAACGAGUGGCCUCCCGCAAUAUGGAUAGUUGGGUUACUUUUCUGAGCAGAAGCUGCAGGUAUCACUCCGUAAUGCACUGAGAAUUGCUAUAAAAUAACGCUGUUGUAAAUAAGCAGUGCCGGUUGUCUUACUGACUUAGAACAACUAUCAUUUAUUUCUUUGUUAUUUUAAAAAUGAAAGUACUCGAAUAAAAUUUAUUUUCAUUCUGAAGUUCAGUUAGGCGCUAAUUUUGACGAUGGUGAGGGAAGUGAGACGCACUCAGGGGUAAUGGUUCAAAAACGUUGGGAAUCGCUCAUCUAGAUGCUGUAACAGGUCUUUAGAAUGUAAUGAUUUCAACUCAAUUUUUCACAGAAUUAUCAAUGAAUAGUUGCACUAUAAAUUCAGCUUAAGUGUGUAGCUUGUCCGGUAUUAUAAACUGUUCAUUGGGUCAUUAAGACUUCUGAUCUAUUGUUUGCUGUACUAUUUAUUUGGCAUUCGACUAUUUAUAGAGAACAUUCCUUGACAAGUUAUUCCCUACUGGGAACACAUAUCACUGUAAUAACUUCCCAAACCAUGUGCUUAUGGACGAAUGUCUUCUCAAUCUGUUACUGCCCCCUUCAUUAACACAAUGAAAAUACUUUGAUGAAAACGGAUCUCGAAAUUAUACAGAUUGUGGUUAACAGUGGAUUUAUUACGUCUUGAGUUCCUUAAGAGGUUCUCAGAGAGUCCACUCAGAGUACAUAAACACGCAGACUAUUUACGUUUUCAAGUGAGUUACCCAUUGAGGUUUCUUUUUUAUUCCAUUCGGCCGCCCUAAAGAAAUAUACUGCACAACACUAAUCGCAGAACAAAUACUCGCCCCCAGUUUUCCACACCCUGCUCGUUCUUCUUCGCUCCAUGGGCCGAGCCCGCAGUCCAACUGCCUACGCACCUCUUCUGUAAGGAAAGACACACGACAACAUCCCGUCAUCUUCAGCCAUUUUCAGUCGCCCUGUCUAAAGUUGAGGUACAGAGUUGACCGACGUACCAUACAGCGCAAAUGGAACUGAACUGCAGACUUGGUACAGCAUUUUUCAAAACCACCAUAUAUGCAUUAUAAAUUGACAUAAAUUCUAUGUUUUCCAGUGGCAAAACAGAUUAUUUUAGAACACUUAAAGGCGCUGCGUUCAUGAGAACUACGUUAAUGAAGUAAGAUCCAAGAAAGUCACAUCAAGAUACAGAAGGCUCCCCGAAAUGAGUUCUAGUGACAAGUAAAUAUAAAUUUCAGUGACUAGUUACGGAGUGGUUUUGGUGCUUUACUAUCUUAUCUAAAUAUGUAUCAAUAAUGGUAUAGUAAAAGUGUGGAAGUUUGGGUGGCUCUGAGUUUCCAGUUGCUGCUUCGAUUUUAAUCAACACAAGUUUGUAGUGGUAGCUUUACACAAACUCAUUUGAUCAUGAGUUCGUCAUCAAUAUCCAUCAGUGUUAUGGGGAAGGGAUGAGAAGAGACAGCCAUAUUCCAGAUGAGAUAUCUUCAUGUCUGGCAGCAUACACGAAAGAACACUAUGAAAUAUUUUGGUAUCAUUAAACGCAAGAACAAAGGCUCAACAGAAACAGGAAUCAUGGAAUGAGAGUGAUCCAAUGUUUACUGCAGAGUGCGGCAGUUUCCGACAGGCAGUGGUGUCUCUCCUCGUACCAGGUGAUUCGGGGCCUGGACCAGAUGCUCCAUCGUCCUAAACAAGCGAGAAUCGGGUGUCCGGAAAGACUUACGCUAUUUUUGCAAGUAGUGUUCUACUAUAGUGCAAAAUGCUCAAUUCUACAUGUAAUGUCAACUCAGAGAAAAUCUGUAAACAGUGUGUUAAUUUCUUGUAUUAUUUUUUUACAACAUGUUAAAAGAAAUUAUGAAAUCUG